AUGUCGAGCUGGGUAUAUCUGGCACCAAAGAGCGAACUAACGAAAUACACGGAAGAGUUCGGAUUAGGAACGGCAGAAAAAAGUGAAGACUUAAGACGUUUGUUGGCAGCGUUCGCCAAAAGAACGGAUCGUACGGAAACGGUCAGACAAAGACUCGCAGAACUGACAGAAAAAUAUAGGAGAGAAAAAAGCCCGGCGAAGGAAACAAUUCCGGCGAUCGUGGUAACCAGGGAAAGGGAGGAGAUAACGGACACCAAAGGAGCAAGUCGAGGGGACGAAACGGAAGGAAAGACAGAAAUAAAAAUGGAAACAGAAGUCAUAGACCGGGUACGCGGAUGGGGCAUCCGGUACCAAGGAACAACAAACCCACUGGAGUUCCUAAGCAAAAUGGAACAGUGGGCAGGCGGAUACGGAAUACUUAAGGACCAGCUGAUACAGACGAUGCCAUUCAUCCUGGAGGGGAUCGCGAGUGAUUGGUGGAACACCACGCCGAGCAGGAUCGUAACAUGGACUCAGCUCAGAACAGAACUUCUAGAAUACUUUUUGCCGCCGAGGUAUGAGGAACAGUUGGAGAAUCAGAUUGCACAGAUGAAACAGAGAGAAACGGAGCCCGUAAGAGAAUACGCAAUGGGGCUACGAAAACUGAUGCAAUUCACGAAACUCUCAGAAGAGGCCAAACUGGACCGAGUGUACAAAAACAGCAGGAGCAAGAUAAAGCUGUACGCUAGGAGGGCAGGAAUCAACUCGUUGACAGAGUUCCUCAAACUAGCGGAGGAGGUAGAAGGAAUAGAGGCAGAGGACCGGGCACUGGCAAUCCAACCUGUGCAGCAGCUAAGACCAGAGAUAUGCAUGCGCUGCGGAGGAACCGGACAUGGUGCACGCACGUGCAACAAUCCACCGAGGCUGUUUUGCUGGGUCUGUGGAAAAAACGGUACGAGAACCACGGAGUGCUGCAGGGCAGGGCCACGCAGGAGGCCUGAGCAGAUAAAGCUGGCAGCUCAGGGGGCAACAAAAGAUCCAGCAGCAGGGGAACAGUUGUGUUGCGACGGGUUCCAAAUAGUAGCCCGAAUAAGGGUCGGAAACAGGACAGCGAAAGGAAUCGUGGAUACAGGAGCAUCCAGGAGCGCUAUAAGCAGAAACAGAUAUCAAGAUCUGAAACACCAGGGCAAAUGGUGUGGAGCCCGUGCAGAAAUAACAAUGGCCAACGGAACGACGCAGAAGGCGAUAGGAGAGUUCACAGCAGAAGUCCAAUUUGGAGGAAAAUUGUUCAGGGUGUCGUUUAUGAUACUGACAGAAGUAGCAGGAGGAAUACUGCUAGGGAUGGACUUUUUGGCAGGGGUACACAGCACGCUGAGGUGUGGAAACUUAGAGCUGGAAAUAAGAGAGCCCGGAGGCGAAGAAGAACAACCGGAGACGAGUACAGAGCAAGAAGACACGACAGGGGAACCAUCCGAAAAGGAAGUACAGGACUUUCUGGAGACACAAAGGCAAAGGUACUAUCCUCGAAAUCCGAAACAGCAGGCAAUCAUCAAUGAACAGGUGAACGAGUUGUUGGCACUGGGACUCAUAGAACCCUCACGUAGCCCGUACAGCGCGCCAGUAGUGCUAGUGAGAAAGAAGAACAACGAGUGGAGAAUGUGUGUGGACUACCGACAACUGAACGACAAGACGGAAAAAGACGCCUAUCCGGUACCAAGAAUGAAUUUCAUAUUGGACCAGUUAAGAGAGGCAAAGUUCAUCAGUACAAUAGAUCUCAAGUCAGGAUACUGGCAAAUCCCAAUGGAUAGGGAUAGUAGACAAUACACGGCAUUCACAGUCCCCGGACGUGGACUGUUCCAGUGGAAAGUUAUGCCAUUUGGGCUAACCACAGCUCCCGCAACGUUUCAAAGAGCACUGGACUCAAUAAUAGGGCCAGAAAUGGAACCGUUUGCAUUUGCAUAUCUGGACAACAUAGUGGUUAUUGGCCGGAGCAAACGUGAACAUCUGGAGAAACUAACAGAGGUAUUCGGGAGACUACAGAACGCGAACCUGCGGAUUAAUCCAGACAAAUGCCACUUCUUCCAAAAGGAGCUAAAGUACCUGGGACACGUCAUAAGCGAUCGGGGCAUACGGACAGACCCGGACAAAGUAGCGGCAAUUCGAGACUUACCAGCGCCGAGAUCCACAAAGGAAUUACACAGCUUUUUAGGAAUGGCGUCAUGGUACCGACGGUUCAUACCAAAUUUCACCGAACAGGCAGGAGCGUUGCAAGGUUUAAUCAGGAAAGGACAAAAACUUGAAUGGACCAAGGAACAACAGGAAUCGUUUGACCAACUGAAAACGAGCCUAACAAAGGCACCAGUACUGGCAUGCCCCGAUUUCACAAGGCAAUUUAAACUGCAAACGGAUGCCAGCGACUUAGGCGUAGGCGCGGUCUUAACGCAGGACGGAGAGGACGGCGAGCAUGUGAUAGCGUUUGCCAGCAGGAGAUCAAAACACGGGAACACCACACUAUUAGUAAUCGUGGACAAAUUCUCGAAGUGGGUAGAACUUGCAGCAAUCAGACAGGCUACAGCGGACACAUUCCUACGAGUCUUUAGAGAAAGGGUAAUUGCGAGAGUUGGAUCACCAAAAACUCUGAUCUCGGACAAUGGGGUCCAGUUCACAGGAGGAAAAACAAGAAAGGCCAUGGAAAAAUGGGGGAUACGGCAACAGUUGACGGCACCGUACACGCCCCAGGAGAACCCUACCGAGCGAACGAAUCGAACAGUUAAAACGAUGAUCGCACAGUUAGCAGGAGAAGAUCAGACCACGUGGGACGAACAUUUACCAGAGCUAAUGCUAGCAUAG